ACAGAAUGCACUGAUAAUGGGUAAAAAAACCUGGUUCUCCAUUCCUGAGAAGAAUCGUCCUUUAAAAGACAGAAUCAAUAUAGUGCUCAGCAGGGAGCUCAAGGAAACCCCAAAAGGAGCACAUUAUCUUUCCAAAAGUCUGGAUGAUGCUUUAGCCCUUCUGGAUUCACCAGAGUUAAAAAGUAAAGUAGACAUGGUUUGGAUCGUCGGAGGCACUUCAGUUUACAAGGCAGCAAUGGAGAAGCCAAUUAAUCAUCGAUUGUUUGUGACAAGAAUUUUGCAGGAAUUUGAGAGUGACACAUUUUUUCCAGAAAUCAACUACAAAGACUACAAAAUUCUCACAGAGUAUCCAGGUGUCCCUGCUGAUAUCCAGGAAGAGAAUGGCAUCCAGUAUAAAUUUGAAGUGUAUGAAAAAGCUGUCUCGGCACAAUAAAUGAGGCUUUCUGUACUUCUCUGUAAGGGCAGGCAUUUCAAAUCGUGAAGUCUUAUUGA